AUGAAAUUGACGCUCCCUAUCACUAUCCUCCCUGCUCUCGUAGCAUCCGUCCUCUCCACCCCCAUCCAUAUUUCUCGAGAUGUAUACGUUCCCCCAGUGACGUAUCCCGUUGCCGGCACAGUGUGGACAGUCAACACCACCCAGACUGUUACCUGGGAUGUAUCCGAUCCCCCAGUAAACAUCACGAACCGAUAUGGCGAGAUUAGGCUUAGGGAGGGUGAUCUUCUUACGCCUUUGGUACUCGCCGACGGGUUUGACAUCCUCCUAGGACAACAGGAGGUGACGGUGCCGUGGGUUCUGGAGGGUGCUGAUUAUAGUAUCGUUCUGUUCGGAGACUCUGGCAAUUGGAGCCCUGAUUUCACCAUCACGGGCGGUCCGGAGUAUUGA